AUGUCUUCCUCCUGUGUGUCACCCAUCUUCUCCAUAAGGAGCUUGAGCAUAGCAGUGGCGCUGCAGUGGAUUUUAGACUGGACGGAAAUCUUUUUAACAUCAGGAGGUUGCAAGCAAAAACUAAGCAGUCCAGAGAGCGGGUCCUGGAGCUGCAGUAUGCAGAUGACUGUGCUCUUGUGGCUCACUCUCCACAGGACCUUCAGUUUAUCCUUGCCGUGGUUGUUAAGGCCUACAGCAGGAUGGGGCUGUCUGUCAACACCACCAAGACAGAAGUGAUCUGCCAAUGGAGCUCCAGUACACCACACACACUGCCCGUCUUCACCAUCGACAACACACCACCAGCAAUAACCCAAUCGUUCAAAUACCUGGGCAAAAUUCUCUCUGAGGACUGUAGCAUUGACAGUGAAAUCCAAAACCAGAUCAAGCUGACAUCAGCUGCUUUCGGUAGACUCCAACAACCUUCAUCUACACACCAAAGUUGCUGUCUACCAGGCUGUCUGCAUCACCACCCUCCUCUACAGCUGCGAAGCAUGGACCACAUACAGCUGACACAUCAAGGCCCUGGAGCGCCUCCAUAUUAGAUGCCUCCAGUGGAUCCUGGGCCUCACCUGGCGUAAUCAUGUGCCUCAGACUGAAAUACUUGCCAAGACCAACUGCAGGAGUAUUGAGGCCAUGAUCACCCAGCACCAACUGCGCUGGCUCGGACACGUGAUCCGGAUGGCCCAAGACUGACUACCCCACAGAGUGCUGUAUUGCCAGCUACACCACGGCCAGCGCCUGGCUGGAGGACCAAAGAAACGCUAUAAGGACCAGCUGAAGACUUCACUAAAGAAGUCUAAGAUCAGGCCUGAGGACCUUGAGACUGCUGCUGCUGACCGUGAUGCAUGGCGGCAGCACUGCUAUGAAGGAACUCAGAGGCUGGAGGAGGACAGGACUGCCAGAAGACACCAAAAAAGACUCAGGGGAAACACACCCACACCCAUGACUGCCAGUAUUAUCACCACUACAACCUAG